AUUAAUGUUUAGUAAUUAUUUUACCGAUUAAGAUUUAUCAGGAAAAUCUCCGAUAAAUCGAAUCGGUAGGUCAAUCAAAUUCUGAUUCCCGAUUUCUGCAACCAUACUUUAAAAGACGUAAUUAAUAUGAUUUAGAAGCUAAAUAAUAGUAUAUUAAUUGUCAACUCUUAUAAUUUGGAUCCUCAGACUAUACUAUAAAUUAGAUACUUGAUCUUAGCUCACAUGCACCUCAAGUACCUGCAAGUACAUAAACAAGCCAGCUUCAAGAGGGGAGAGCAUUUCCAUUAUUUUCAAUGGCAACCAAAUUGUUAUUGUUGCUGAUACACAUUUGUCUUUCCUUUAGUAUCUUCCAAGCCCUGCCGGACUCCGACGAAUCACCAACAGCCGGUGGCGACAUUUCCUUCUGGUGCCAAACGACUCCUCAUCCUGAACCAUGCAAGUAUUUUCUAGGCCAUCAGUUUGAUAUCAGGCCCCAGAAUCGAACUCAUUUUCGCCAAUUGAUGUUUCAAGUAACACUAGACCGGGCUCAGCACGCGCAGAACUACACUGCCGCACUUGAAAGUCAGUGCAGGAGCAGAAGAAAGAGGGCUGCCUGGAAUGACUGCAACAAGCUAUACCGCGACACCAUUUUCCAACUCAAUCGGACGCUGGAAGGCACAAAAACCAACGCCACAGGGCUUAAUUGCUCGAGUUUUGAUGCUCAGACUUGGCUCAGUGCUGCCCUGACAAAUCUGGAGACUUGUCGAUCAGGCUCAGUUGAGCUGAAUGUUUCCAAAUUCAUAGCUCCAAUUAUUGGAAACAAUGUCUCGGAAAUGAUCAGUAACAGUUUGGCAGUCAAUGAAGGCUUCCUGACACCGCGAAAUGAUACUAAUAACGGAGAUCAAGAGUUUCCUAGUUGGUUUACAUCUGGUGACAGAAGGCUGCUGCAAUCCUCGUCGUGGUCGUCAAGGGCUAAUGUAGUCGUGGCGAAAGACAGAUCAGGGAGAUUCUCAUCAGUACAGGCAGCGAUAAAUUAUGCAGCAACAGCAAAGAGGGGAAAUGCGAGGUUUAUAAUAUAUGUAAAAAGAGGCGUUUACGCGGAGAAUAUUGCAGUGGCCAACAAUCUGAACAACAUUAUGCUAGUAGGUGAUGGCCUGCGAUACACUAUCAUUACUGGCAGCAGGAGUGUUGCGAGAGGAUUCACAACCUACAGCUCUGCAACCGCUGGAAUCGACGGCUCUGGAUUCAUAGCCCGUGGCAUAACAUUCCGCAACACAGCAGGUCCGCAGAACGGUCAAGCCGUGGCACUCCGGUCCGCCUCUGAUCUCUCAGUCUACUACGCCUGCGGCUUCGAAGGAUACCAAGACACUCUGCUCGUCCACGCCCAACGCCAAUUCUACAAACUAUGCUACAUAUACGGCACAAUCGACUUCAUCUUCGGAAACGCAGCUGUAGUUUUCCAAAACUGCCUCAUCUACGUCCGAAGACCUCUACAUGGCCAAGUCAAUGUCAUCACAGCUCAAGGCCGAGCCGAUCCCUACCAGAACACCGGCAUUUCGAUCCAGUUCAGCCGAAUUAUGGCCGCACCGGAUCUCGUUCCAGUGUUGCAGACCACUAGAACAUACUUGGGGAGACCUUGGCAGCAGUAUUCAAGAACUGUGCUGAUAAAAACAUACAUUGAUAGUUUGAUAAGUCCACAGGGCUGGUUGGCGUGGCAAAAUAGUAAUUUUGCAUGGGAUACUUUGUAUUAUGGGGAGUACAGGAAUAUUGGGCCUGGAUCUUCUACUAGAAACAGGGUGAAAUGGAAGGGCUAUAGGGUAAUUAGUAGUGCUAAUGAGGCUUCUAGGUUCACUGUGGCUAAUCUGAUAGCGGGCCGGACUUGGUUAGGGUCCACUGGGGUGCCUUUCUAUUCCGGGCUUUGAUUUAUCAUUUUUAUGAUUCAUUUGUUGCUUAUUUUAUAUUUGUAUAGUACUUUAUGUUUUUUCUUAAUACAGAGGCUUGUUUCUUGGUAUAA